AUGUCCAUCCGGACCGAAAUGGAUGCCAGAUCUCAUAUCAAUGCUCUCCCGGGCGAGUUACUUAGUCACAUCUUCGAGAGCCAUGUUGCGCCUCCACCAAGUGCCCGGGUAGGCGACAAAGAGUGGAGGGAGCACGUGAAGUCGCGUCUCAAGGAGGUUACGGGCCUACAAUUGAUCUGUCGACAUUGGCGUGAUGUUGCACAGGCCACUCCGUAUCUCUGGACAGCAUUCGACACGACAGGCGAGCUUGACUCAAAAUUUCUACAGUUAUGGCACCUUUCCCUCGAGCGCUCUGGUUCGUUGCCCCUCGAGCUGCAUGCGAAUGGAUCCCUCAGCCCCUGCGCACACUUGGUUCUCAAGUCGAAACGCGUCAGAUGGCUCAAUUGGGGUGCAUUCUCUGGGAACCAUCAAGACGUCCUCGUCCAUUUGGAUGGCUUGGAAACUUUGCAAUUCAACGAAUUUUACUCCUCGGCUGGUGCAAAUCCACAAACUGAACUUUCAAAACUUGCUUGUUACUCGCCGCGUCUCCGCAGCCUCCAGGUGAGAUGGUGCACUUGGGCUCCUUCCGAAGUCUUCAAGAACUUGACAUCUCUCCGCCUCGUGCGCUACUCCGGGAAGACGUCCGAUGUCCUCCUCUGGCUCAAAAGAUGCCCAGUGCUGCAGAGUAUGAUAUUUGAGCGCCCUGAAGACGAGAAUCUUGUAGAUCUUGAUAGCAUAGGUGUCGUUUCCGUACCAAACCUACGCGAGCUUAUGCUUUCCCGCGUCCCUUGGAACCAGCUCGCCGCCAUUGUUCCACGACUCGACCUCAGCCCCGCCACCUUUGUGGAAGUCCAUAACUGGAAGCAUGGCUCCGGGAAGGUCGAUUGCGCUCGGAUGCUCGGAACUUCGCAGUUACAUCGUAUGGUUUUCAUAUCUCAUUGUAACGCAUUGGUCGUAGGCCCUGACUCUGGGAUCUCGUUUUCCAAGGAAAAAUUGGGCGAGAAAGAGCGUUCCUUAAGAUGGACAUCGGAGCUGUCAGACAUGGUGUCGACAGCUAACAUUCAGGAGCUAUGGCUUUCGGCGUCGAUGCAAUUGUCGCAGGAUCUUGGGGCCCUCUUGGCGAUGCUGCCCGGUCUUACUUCUAUUCACAUUGACAGCACCCAAUUGAAGGAAGUUCUCCAGAACUUUCGGAGGGGGCGCGACCCGCAAGGACCCGCACCAUGUCCGGAGCUCAAAGUCAUCCAUGUCUUCGUCCAGUCGGCGGCCGCAGUCAUGCCCUUUCUCAGGCAAUACGAAUCUCUGCUCGAGAAACUGGGCCACUUGGAUAUAGUCAUCGAACAUCUCCCUAAUUGUGAAGUCGAUCUGAAGGCGCUGUAUUCCGUCCGUCGCCCACAACUAUUGUCUCGAGUUCGUGUCGUGCAGUGCGAGCAGAAACCACAAGCUGAGGUACCCGCGCCCUUCACUGGAUUGCUGGACUCGGAUGAAGACGAUGAUUAA